GUUCGGUUCGCUUCCUCCCAACAACAGGUGUAAAGGAGCGGCUGGAUGAACAGACAGAAAUCGAGGAUAAGAGAAUAUAACCAGAGGAUAUUUGCAAACAGUUGUAAUCGUAAAGAAGUAGGUUAUAUGUCCUACAAGAUUGACGGAGUUCACUUCAUCGUCUUUCUAUGCGCGCUGCGCACGCUUUCCAUCCUGUCUGCCCCAGUUUUCUGCGCUAUAGGCUGCACCAUUUCUAUCUCUUUCUAACGGAAAAAGAGAAGAGAUUAUGAAGAAAAACAACUGUGCUCUGUUAAUGGAUGUCCUCCACACACACGGAAUAAUGGAAUAAAGUAGGAUAUAGGUUACUCUGAAGAUAAAAACAUAUGCAUUUAUCAUCAAGGAUUCGACGAUGUGAAGUCCUCUUAUAGAACACGGAUUGUUAUAGGUUAUUCGUUUAGUACCUAAAUACGGAAUACAAGCAUAGUUAUUUUUUUGUUUUGUUUUGAAAACCAGUUGUUGCAUCCCCUAAACGCGGAAUAGCCUGGAAAGAAGAGGCACCUUUCUAUGUGGGUUCAAUUGAUAUAUCCCUAAACAUCCACGGCGAAAUUCUGUGAUGCCCCAGCCACAGCAGGACCCACAACAGCACCUGCCGUAAAAGCUGAGUUGAGGUGAGGUGAGAUGUCUCAGCUGUACUACCGGCGGACAGACAGCUCUUCGUACCGGGACCGUAUCCCUCUGCGGAUCGUCCGGUCUGAGUCGGAGCUGUCUUCCCUGGAGAAGGCCUAUCUGGGAACCGUGGAGAAGGGAGACUACGGCAGCGUCAAACAGGCUCUGGAGGAGGCCGAGAUCUACUUCAAGAUCAACAUUAACUGUAUAGACCCGUUAGGCCGCACAGCUCUGCUGAUCGCCAUCGAGAAUGAGAACCUGGAGAUCAUAGAACUACUGCUGAGCUUUAAUGUGUAUGUCGGAGAUGCACUGCUGCACGCCAUCCGCAAAGAGGUGGUGGGGGCCGUGGAACUGCUUCUCAACCACAAGAAAUCCAGCGGAGGCAUGCAGGUUCCUCCGAUCCUAUUGGACAAGCAGUUCUCUGACUUCACUCCUGACAUCACCCCCAUCAUUCUGGCAGCUCACACCAACAACUAUGAGAUCAUCAAACUACUGGUGCAGAAAGGAGUGGCUGUUCCACAACCACACGAGGUGCGUUGUAACUGUGUGGAGUGUGUGUCCAGCUCGGAUGUGGACAGCCUUCGCCACUCCCGAUCCCGUCUCAACAUCUACCGAGCCCUGUCCAGCCCUUCCCUCAUCGCCCUCUCCAGUGAAGACCCCUUCCUCACAGCAUUCAGACUGAGCUGGGAACUACAGGAGCUUAGCAAGGUGGAGAAUGAGUUUAAGUCGGAGUAUGAGGAGUUAUCCCAACAGUGUAAGCAGUUUGCUAAAGACCUUCUGGAUCAGACCAGGAGCUCCAGAGAGCUGGAGAUGAUCCUGAACUACAGAGACGACAUCAACCUGCUUGAGGAGGAGGGAAACAACGACCUGGCUAGACUCAAACUGGCUAUUAAAUACCACCAGAAAGAGGUAUGA